UCUUUCUUCUUCCAUUUCAAGUUAAACUUCUCUUGUACUCUUCUCGACCUCUGUUUGUAUUUAUAACCCAAAUACUCGCAAACGUCUUCAGCAUUUCUGUUUGCGAGUUUUGAGUGGCUCGGCUUCAUGACUCGGCGGUUCACGUCCGACUCCGAGUCUCCGAGCAAGCGAUUCCAGGCGUUCGAGUUCAACGCCGACGACGAGGUUGUGGAGAAGCAGUCCGCCAAGAUGAUCGCCAAAUUCCGAAACCUCAUGAAGCCCAGGAACAAGAAGAGCACGAAGAACAAGUACCUCGAUUCCCCAAUUAUCAAGUACAAGUUCCUGCACUGCUUUACCAAGAAUCUUGAAAAGGAGUUCAGAAAUGAAGCGAUUGAUGUUGAUGCUGGAGUUGCACAUGGAACAAAGACUCCACAAAAGGAAAUUACCACUUUGUUAUUAGAUGAUGAUGCUACUGAUGUGGGCACAGUAGCAGAGGAUGGUGGUGCUGCAGGAGAGGAGAUGCCCGGGUUGGAUGUCUCUGUGGUUUCUAGUUCUCCAAACCAUGAAAAAAACCAAGUAUGUGCAAUUUCAGAUGAUGAUGAGAGGAUUGAAAUGUGUUCUUCAUCAACUCUGGUCUCAAGUCCUUCAACAUCUGAAGCUCCAUUAGAAGAACAAGAAUCAUACCCUGGUUCUGGUGGAUAUGAAAUUGUUGAAACAGCUACAGGUGACCAUCAACUUGAAUCAAGGGAUUCUAGAGCAGCUGCAAAUGCAUAUAAAACUUCAGGACAGGAAGCACUCAGUUCAUUGGAUGCGAGAUAUGGGGAUGUGUGGAUCCUUGAUUUUGAUUUCAGUAAGUCUUUUGAAGAUGUUAUCUAUCCACAAGGGGAUCCUGAUGCAGUUUGUAUAAGUAAGAGAGAUCUUCAGCUUCUACAGCCAGCAACUUUUAUUAAUGACACUAUAGUUGACUUUUAUAUUCAAUACUUAAAAAGUAAAAUUCAACCAGAGGAAAAGCAUAGGUUCCACUUCUUCAAUAGUUUUUUCUUUCGGAAACUUGCUGAUCUAGACAAAGAUCAACCAGGUGCUUGUGAAGGAAAGGAAGCAUUUCAGCGCGUUCUUAAAUGGACUAGGAAAGUGAAUGUUUUUAAGAAGGAUUACAUUUUCAUUCCUGUAAACUACAGACUGCACUGGAGUUUGAUUGUCAUCUGUCAUCCGGGUGAAGUGGCUAAUGUUGAAGAUGAGGAAAUUGAAAGUUCACCCAAGGUUCCGUGCAUCUUGCACAUGGAUUCAAUUAGAGGAAGUCAUAGAGGCCUCAAGAAUCUUGUUCAAAGAUACCUAUGUGAAGAGUGGAAAGAGAAGCAUGGUGGGACAGCAGAAAAUGUUUCUUUGAAAUUUCUACAUUUGCGAUUUGUCGCACUGGAGCUGCCACAGCAGGAAAAUUCAUUUGACUGUGGUCUCUUUUUGCUUCAUUAUGUGGAACGUUUUCUGGAGGAAGCUCCUGUUGAGUUUAGCCCCUUUAAGAAGUUCUCCAACUUUCUAAACAAAAAUUGGUUUCCUCCUGCGGACGCUUCUGUCAAACGGUUUCAGAUUAAGAAGUUAAUAUGUAAAAUCCUUGAGGAUCAUCCCAGGAAACUCUCACCAAUAAAGGAAGUUGAAGAUACUGGGGAUCAGAUUGCUGAUUCAUCAGUCGACGUGGAAGAUCGUGAACAAGGCUCUGGAUCUGAUUCUGAAUCCUAUUUCCUUGAAGGAUUGAGAAUCUCAGAAACAUCUUCGAAGCAUGGAUUCUGUAAGCAUAUUGGAGAUGCUGUUGAUGGGAACCCAAUAUCUCAGACAUCUAGUGAAGAUUGCUCGAUUAUGGAAAAUGAGGCAUUUGACUAUCCAAGGAAAACAGAUACAUCUGAAUCUUCUUCAAGUGAUGAUUUCACAGCUUGUGUUGUGCUGGAUUCUGAAGAGGAAAACGACAAUGAGGUUCAAUAUUUAUCUUCCACUCUAGACGACCAACCUUCAUUCCAUCAAGUAACUGACUCAACUAAAAUCAUAAAUCCUAAAGAGAUUAUGCCUUUGAGCAGGAAUGAUCCGGUGUCAGAUUCCUCCAACCAACAGGCUUCAAAGCGGCUACGGCUCACUCGUCAUGUAGAUAGAUGACGAGGACCUACUAGGAGCCUCAUGAAAAACUUGCGUUUGUGAAGGUCAUGUUGUAAAUAGAGUAAGCGAUAUUUUACUGUGUUAUGGAUAAUGCAUAGCAAAAAGAAGUGUAAAGGGUAAUAAGAGAAUCGUACCGUACACUUGUAUAGAGAGAGUUGGGGGGGAAGUAACUUUCUCUUUUAUUUUUGUUAUUUUUUCUUGGGUCAAGAGGGAAAGUUGCUUCUCAAAAUGCAAAUAUAGCAAGUUUUGUAUUCAUAUUAAAACCACUUGAACGAAAAUAUUACCCUCGUACAUGAAAAUGCGAAUAAAUUUUAAAUUAAUAACAAUCCAACAGAACUCACAAGUAGUAACAAUAAGUACACAAGUUAAAAUAAUACUCAAAAGAGUACUAGUACAUGAUCA